CUCAGCUUCAAGACAUCAUCCUAAAGUGAGAAGAAUGAGCCGUGCGGAGGGCCUGAGGGCCAACUUGUCUCAGUUCACUCUGGAGGGAGAGCCCUUCCUCAUCCUGGGGGGCUCCAUCCAUUACUUCCGUGUCCCCAGAGCCUACUGGGAGGACCGGCUGCUGAAGAUGAAGGCCUGUGGCCUCAAUACUCUCACAACAUAUGUGCCAUGGAAUCUGCAUGAGCCUGAGAGAGGAACAUUUAACUUUCAGGAUCAGUUGGACAUCAAGGCCUAUGUCAGUUUAGCAGCAGAGAUGGGUCUGUGGGUGAUCCUGCGUCCUGGACCUUACAUCUGCGCUGAAUGGGACCUGGGCGGGUUGCCUAGCUGGUUGUUACAAGAUAAAGAGAUGCAGUUGAGGACGACUUAUCCUGGAUUCAUAGAUGCUGUCAACCUCUACUUUGACAAGCUUGUCUCAGUCAUCAAGCCUCUGAUGUUUGAAGAGGGGGGCCCGAUCAUUGCAGUUCAAGUUGAGAAUGAGUACGGAUCAUAUGCCAAAGAUGAGAAUUACAUGCCUUUUAUAAAGAACUGUCUCCAGUCCAGGGGGAUCAAGGAGCUCCUGCUUACUUCAGACAACUGGGAGGGCCUAAGAUACGGAGGUAUGGAGGGAGUUCUUAAAACCAUAAACCUUCAGAGACUGUCGUUCGGAGCUAUCCAGCACUUAGCUGACAUGCAGCCCCAGAAACCUCUAAUGGUGAUGGAGUAUUGGUCUGGCUGGUUUGACGUCUGGGGAGAACAUCACCAUGUGUUCCAUGCUCUGGAUAUGAUAGCUGUUGUGUCACAGAUCCUGGAGAGAGGCGUCUCCAUUAAUCUGUACAUGUUCCAUGGGGGAACCAGCUUUGGCUUCAUGAAUGGAGCGAUGGACUUUGGCACAUACAAACCUCAGGUCACCAGUUAUGAUUAUGAUGCUCCACUGUCUGAGGCUGGAGAUUGCACCCCAAAAUAUCAACUCUUGAGGAAUUUAUUCAGCCAAUACCACUCUGAGCCUCUUCCUGAAGUGCCCUCUCCUCAGGAGAGGAGAGCAUACAGCUCUGUUACCAUCCAGCAGCACCUGUCUCUUUGGGACUGCCUGCACUUCACUGACAAGCCAUACAGGUCAGAGAGGCCGGUGAACAUGGAGAAUCUCCCCGUCAACAAUAACAAUGGGCAGUCAUAUGGUUACACACUGUAUGAAACCACCAUCACCACCGGAGGAACCCUGAACUCCAGGAACAACAUCAGAGACAGAGCACUGGUUUUUGUGGACAGACGAUGUGUUGGUAUUUUGGACUACAAGACUCAUGAGCUGGCACUCCCUGAUGGAAAGGGAAAGACGACGUUGAGCUUGCUUGUGGAGAACUGUGGAAGAGUGAAUUAUGGGAAAGCUCUGGAUGAACAGCGCAAAGGCAUUGUGGGAGACAUUCUGUUUAACCACAGCCCUCUGAGAGGAUUUACCAUCUACUGUUUGGAUAUGAAGCCAGGCUUUAUGAGAAGAUUAAUGAGUUCAGGUCAGUGGAUGUCCGACUUCCAGCCGCCCUCCAUUCCAGGAUUUUUCCAGGCCAGACUGUGUGUGGAUGGUCCUCCCAGAGACACCUUCAUCAGACUCCCUGGUUGGGGUAAAGGAGUCGUGUUCGUCAAUGGGCAGAACCUUGGACGCCACUGGUGCACUGGUCCCCAGCAUUUCCUCUAUGUCCCAGGACCUUGGCUCAGAAGUGGAGAGAAUCAGAUUAUUGUUUUCGAAGAACAAAAAGUGGAUGAGAAAAUACUGUUUGCUGAAAAUCCUGAUCAUGGAAAGACAAUUGAUGUUUACAAACUCCCUUUUUGCACACUGCUGUGAAAAUAAUGUGAAACACACACUUUUACACACAAAAGGUAAUAGUGUAUUGAUACUGACCAUUAUUAUCACAUGAUUUGAAGCUGCUAAUUUACUAACAAAAUGUAAAGUGGUAUUAUAGGACAACAGCAUUCUUUUUCCUUCUUCAAGUGUGAAAUCCAAAGUUACAUGUUGCCAUUGAUUCUUUUGCAUUAAAAUCAAGAAUGCAACAUCAUCUGAUUUGUCUUGUUUUCUCAAGUAUGAACUUUGCUCUCAUUACAAAAAAAAACGUUUUUUGACCUUUUGACAUGGAUACGCCCCCGCGACCUUCUCAUUGGACUAUUAGGCCUGUCCUUCACAUGAGCUAUUCAUAAAAGACACCUAUUCGCUAUCCAUACACAGCCGUAGCCGGAAACGAGGUCCUCUGUUCCUUCACAAU